GGUGCAUGGAGGGGCCCGUUCGGAUCGCAGCCGCCGCCGCCGCCGCCAGCGCGCGGGGGGAUGACCUGGGGGUGGCUCUCGGAGCCGGCUGCCGCGCAGGAGGUCUGGGGGCUUAGCCAGCCCCGCGGAGAGUGAGCUGAGGCCUGGGCUUUCUCCGGAAGUCUUCCCUGCCUACUUCUGUAAUUGGACGCUAUGCAUCCAGACCUCGGACCCUUAUGGACACUGCUGUAUGUUCUUGUUAUUCCUUGUUCUUCUGCGAGUUCAGACUUGGCACCUUAUUUUAUUUCUGAGCCACACUCUGCUGUCCAGAAGCUUGGUAGACCCGUGGUCCUACAUUGUUCUGCUAAACCCGUUACUGCCCGCAUCUCAUGGCUGCAUAACGGGAAACGAUUGGACAGAAACACGGAACAGAUUAAGAUUCAUCGGGGGACUCUGACCAUCCUGUCUCUUAACCCUUCCCUUUCUGGUUGCUACCAGUGCAUUGCCAACAACAGCAUUGGUGCCAUUGUGAGCAGCCCUGCAACAGUGUCCGCUGCAGCCCUUGGUGAUUUUGAUUCAUCAACAAUGCAUGUUAUUACUGCCGAAGAGAAGAGCACUGGUUUCAUUGGCUGCAGGGUACCAGAGAGCAACCCCAAAGCGGAGGUGCGCUAUAAGAUCCGGGGAAAGUGGCUGAACUACUCCACGGGAAACUACAUAAUCCUUCCUUCAGGAAAUCUUCAGAUUUUGAAUGUCUCCUCGAAGGAUAAAGGGUCAUACAAAUGUGCUGCUUAUAACCCUGUCACCAGCGAACUGAAAGUUGAACCCACUGGCCGGAAGCUCCUUGUGAGUCGCCCUUCCUCAGAUGGCUUCCACAUUCUUCACCCUGCUCUCUCUCAGGCGUUAGCUGUCCUUCCUCACAGCCCCGUUACCUUGGAGUGUGUGGUUAGUGGGGUCCCGGCCUCACAAGUGUAUUGGCUGAAGGACGGGCAGGAUGCUGUGUCAGGAAGCAACUGGAGAAGGCUGUACUCUCAUCUGGCCACAUCUAGCAUUGACCCAGCAGACUCUGGAAACUAUUCCUGUGUGGUGGGCAACAAGUCUGGAGAUGUAAAACAUGUCACUUACAUGGUUAAUGUUUUGGAGCAUGCUUCAAUUUCUAAAGGGCUACAAGAUCAGAAAGUGUCUCUGGGGGCCACCGUACAUUUUACCUGUGACGUUCACGGGAACCCAGCCCCCAACCGCACCUGGUUUCAUAAUGCACAGCCUAUUCACCCCUCCUCACGGCAUCUAACGGAAGGAAAUGGACUGAAGAUCACUGGGGUUACCAUGGAAGACGCUGGGCUCUAUCAGUGUGUCGCAGACAAUGGCAUUGGAUUUAUGCAAUCUACUGGAAGACUUCAAAUUGAACAAGACAGUAGACUGAAGCCUGUGAUAGUCACAGCACCAGCAAAUGUAGAGGUGAUGGACGGAGACUUUGUGACCUUGUCUUGCAAUGCCACCGGAGUGCCUGUCCCAGUCAUUCAUUGGUAUGGCCGCCAUGGAUUGAUAACCAGCCAUCCAUCUCAGGUCCUUAGGUCCAAAUCCCGAAAGUCCCACCUGCUCCGACCUGGGGACCUGGACCUGGAGCCUGUCUACUUCAUCAUGUCCAGAGCUGGCUCCAGCUCUCUGUCUAUCCAGGCAGUUACUCAGGAGCAUGCUGGGAAAUAUACCUGUGAAGCCACAAACAAGCAUGGAACCACCCAGUCAGAAGCACUCCUCACAGUGGUUCCUUUCGAAACAAAUACAAAAGCAGAGUCAGUCACACCUUCUGAAGCUACUCAGAAUGAUGAACGAGAUCCAAGAGAUGGUUCAGAGUCUAGCUUGCUGAACUUAUUUCCAAUGAAGGUGCAUUCCAGUGGAGUGGAACUGCCAGCAGAGAAAAACGCCUCCGUCCCCGAUGCUCCUAACAUACUGAGCCCCCCACAGACCCACAUGCCAGAUACAUACAACCUGGUGUGGAGGGCAGGGAGGGAUGGCGGACUGCCCAUCAAUGCCUAUUUCGUGAAGUACCGAAAGCUGGAUGAUGGUACUGGUGCAGUGGGCAGCUGGCACACGGUUCGUGUCCCAGGAAGUGAAAAUGAGCUGCAUCUGACUGAGCUGGAGCCGUCCAGUCUGUAUGAAGUGUUGAUGGUGGCUAGAAGCGCAGCCGGUGAAGGGCAGCCUGCCAUGCUUACCUUCCGCACCAGCAAAGAAAAAAUGGCAUCGUCAAAAAACACCCAGGCAUCCUUUCCACCUGUGGGCAUCCCUAAGCGUCCUGUUAUUUCCGAGGCUUCCAACAGCAAUUUUGGAGUUGUGCUUACGGAUUCCUCUAGGCAUAGUGGAGUCCCGGAGGCUCCAGACCGUCCUACCAUCUCUACGGCAUCAGAGACCUCCGUCUAUGUCACCUGGAUCCCCCGGGCAAAUGGCGGCUCUCCAAUCACUGCCUUCAAGGUGGAAUAUAAACGGAUGAGGACUAGUGACUGGCUGGUGGCCGCUGAAGAUAUCCCUCCUUCCAAACUUUCUGUGGAAGUUCGUAGUUUAGAACCAGGUUCAACAUACAAAUUUAGGGUCAUUGCCAUCAACCAUUAUGGUGAGAGUUUUCGGAGCUCAGCAUCCCGUCCUUACCAGGUGGCUGGCUUCCCAAAUCGUUUCUCCAACCGCCCAAUAACUGGACCUCACAUUGCAUACACAGAGGCUGUCAGCGACACUCAAAUCAUGCUAAAGUGGACGUAUAUUCCAUCGAGUAACAAUAACACUCCCAUUCAAGGAUUUUAUAUUUACUAUCGGCCAACAGACAGUGACAAUGACAGUGAUUACAAGAGGGAUGUUGUUGAAGGUUCAAAGCAGUGGCACACAAUUGGUCACCUGCAGCCAGAAACCUCCUAUGACAUUAAGAUGCAGUGCUUUAAUGAAGGUGGAGAGAGUGAGUUCAGCAACGUGAUGAUCUGCGAGACCAAAGUGAAACGUGUUCCUGGCGCUUCAGAGUAUCCCAUGAAAGACUUGAGCACCCCUCCCAGUUCUUCAGGAAAUGGAGGGAACGUGGGGCCUGCAACCAGCCCUGCCAGGAGCAGUGACAUGUUGUACCUCAUCGUUGGCUGUGUGCUUGGUGUUAUGGUCCUCAUUCUUAUGGUUUUCAUUGCGCUGUGUUUGUGGAAGAGUCGCCAACAGAACACUAUACAGAAAUAUGAUCCUCCAGGAUAUCUCUAUCAAGGGUCAGAGAUUAAUGGGCAGAUGGUGGAGUAUACCACUCUCUCAGGAACAGCCCGGAUCAAUGGGAGUGUUCACGGAGGCUUCCUCAGCAAAGGCAGCCUCAGCAACGGCUGUUCUCAUCUCCACCACAAAGGCCCCAGUGGAGUCAACGGGGUCCUGAAUGGAAGCAUAAAUGGAGGGCUUUAUUCCGCACACACAAACUCGCUAACCAGGACGCGUGUGGAGUUUGAGCAUCCUCACCAUCUAGUGAAUGGCGGAGGAAUGUACACAGCAGUCCCUCAGAUCGACCCGCUGGAAUGCGUUAACUGUCGGAACUGCCGGAACAACAAUAGGUGUUUCACCAAAACCAACAGUCCCCUUCCUUUGGUCCCAGUGGUGGCCUCUUAUCCUCAGGAUGGUCUGGAAAUGAAGCCCCUCAGUACCUUGAAGGUACCUGUGUGUCCAGCUUCCACAGUUCCUGAUUGUGGCCAGUUACCUGAGGAGAACAUCAAGGACAGUGUGGCACCAACACCUACCCAGCAUACCUGCUGUCAGGACAAUACAAGUGACAUCAAUUCUGACUCCACAGAAGAUACAGCAGAGUUCAGCAGAGGAGAGGGCAGUAGCUGUUCGGGAGCAGAGGACAAAGUUUUAAGUUGGAACCCUCUUAUUUUGUCGCCUGUCUUGGAGGACUGCACCGAGAAGACAGCAUGGUCUCCUGGCCUUCCUCUAGACGGGCUGUCCGUGGUCCUUCAGCAAGCCCAAGAGACCUGAGGAAGUACACAGGCCUGGGGACAAACUGUGUGAAGGACAUUAAUUCAAACCAGAGAAAAAUCAUUAUUUAUUUUUUGUAGUAAUAAUGUCAUGAAUGUAUCUUAAAAUGUGUGCCCUUUUAUAUUAUUUAUGCCUUAAGUAUUCCCCUUUUCACUUCUUCCUCCCCCUCAGUAGGUCCCCUCCCACCUGUUUUAUGUAGUUUUUAAUCAUCUGGAGAGCAGAGGGAUCAUUCUGUGUUUUCCAGAACCUUCAAUGGCAGCAGGAACUUGUGCUGGGUCCCAUCUUCUGGCCUGUUCAUUUGUGGGCAGGAGGACUGCCCAAGCCAUUUGAAGUCACCCCCAGAUAGAAAACUGUCGCUUAUCCUGUGUUGUCAGACUUUCUGAGAACAUUGAGACAUCAACUAGAGUUGUGAUCUUAUGUUUAUCAUAGCAAACCCAACUGACAAAUUUUAUGACUGCCUUCCAGAAAAGUACUGAUACUGACUUAUUUUCUCUCUAUACCUGGGUACAAGUAAUGCUCAAUCUUUUGGGUAGCAAAUUAGCCCGUGUUAUGAACAUGGAAGCAUGUAAGGUCUGCUUGGAUUAUUGCAUUAUAUAGAAAGGGAACCAGGUUCAGAAAGAAAAUGAAUGCCUUCAUGGUCCACUGCAAAAUGGUCACCACGGGCUCUUUGCACUGUUUGCAAGGGUAGGUACAAAAUAAGACUUUAAAACUGAUAGCAGCUUGAAGAGAAGAUGUCAUACACCUUAGGAAGAAAGAAGAGGGCUGAAGGGACCUAUCUAAGUGAAGCUCUGUAUUCUGUUCCGUAGUGUGCAUAGUGCCACACCAUUUGAAGAUUGUCAUUUUGUCACUUCCAGCAUGGGCAAUAUCCUGGAAGGUAUGAGUGAGCAUGUGUGAGUCAGGCUUCUCCCGCCAUAGCAAAAUACAGUUGCAGGAGUUCCAGUUUGUGAUCAAAUGGACCUGUAGCUGGGGGCCUGUGCUGAGGGAACACGUUAUGGUGGACACACAUGGUGAAGCAAGAUAGCUUCCACCAUAAGCCUGAGGCAAGGGGAGAAAGAGAAGAGGAGCAGGGCGUACAGAUCCCCUCUGAGAACAUGCCUCUAGGUCUGAAACCCUCACCCUCAUCCCCUGCUCAAGACUCUACCACCUCUUAAACAUGCCACCGGGGGAACUAGGCCUUUAUCACAUAGGCCUUUGGAAAACAGUAUCCACAUCGUAGCAGAUGUCACAGAAGGCUAAACUUGAAGAAAAGGUUUAGGGACAUUUUCUGACAGUUUUUCUGGGUGUCAUCAUUGUGAACAGUAACUCAAUCUUUGGUCAGCAGGGUCUAUGCAUCACAGUUACUGUUUUCUGAGGGGCAAGAACCUUGCAGCUGCCUUUGGGAGGCUUUUUUUCUCCAUGUGUAAAACAGAAACCUCAGGCACUACAAAUGCAUUUCAUAGCUUGAACCAGGCCCUGAUGGAUCACUGCUCUGGUUUUAAAUGGUGUGUCCCUUGGGGAGGAAAAAACCCAGAAAACUAUUCUCUUUAUGUGGGAUCCAACAAUUCCAGCAUACGUUUUGUUUUAGCUUGCCACAAACUGCAGUGGAAGAGAAUAAGAUACUGCACACUAAUCAGCUCUCUAUAAAUGUGUCAGUAUUCCCUUACAUGUCUUUGUAUCUUUUAUAAAUAGACCUGUUAGUGGAUAUGUGCUGUUUCAGCAGGGCCGCUAUGCCCGUUGCUCCUGGUAGAGUGCAGUGAACAGAAUCCCGUAGCUGGGGAGUGGGGCUCCUGUAGAAGCAAGCUCUGGGAUCUUGGGGUUCACAACUAUAGCAUAGGAGAUCUGCAGUUAGUUUUGGAGGCAGUCAGCUGUAGCCCUUGCAUCUGUGACUAGCAAAGGACAGAGUCCUAGUACACAUGACAUAGAGACAGACUAUGUGUUUUGCCAGUCGAGUUAGAACAGAGCUGCCUCGUCCCAGAGAGCAGGAAGCAGACGUCUGUGGGCAGUUCACUGUGACUCAUGAAGCGGAGGUGUGCUGGCAUGAGCCUUAGGUCAAAAACUGCUUUUAAAGAUUGAAUUUGACAUGGGGCUUGCCCAUGAUGAAGAGAAAAUGACUUUACCUUUAGGGCAAUCUCGUUGUGGACUGCUUUAUUUAUGAUAGUAACGCUGUUUUAAGUGUUAUCCAUGUUAUUGUAUUUUAUUUAUAAAAAUGGCUUUAUAUAUUGAGAUAUAUAAAUAUAAAUAUAAAUCUAUAUAAUUGCCUUUAUAUUUAGGAGUUUGAGGUCUCCUUAGUGUGAAUUUCUCUGAACUUUCAUGCCCUGCACAGCACCAAAAGUGGUCCUAGCAAGUGUCAGUUCCCCAGGAAUUAAGAGGCCAUAGGAAAAUAGGGGGGUGGCACACAUUUGUGGAGGAACUGCUGUGUAUUAGACUCCGUUUGUUAGUGUUCUCUCAUCCCAUCCCCACAACAAACAGAGCAGGCAUGAAAUCCCCCACUCACGCAUCAUCUGGAGCCUGCACUGGAGCCGUUUCCUGGUCCAUCGCCUGUGUUCCCAGUUACCUGCUUUCUGGAACUGUCCCGAUUCACUCUCCAUGGGACCGACCAGUCCAGAACAUGUGCUGUUGUCCGCCCCUGCUGCGCGCUCUCUCUGUGAGGCUCCCGCUGCUGCAGCUAGUGGAGCUCCCCUCUGUCCACCCUCACCCCAAACCGGCAGAGCAGAGCCAAGUCCUUCAGGAGUCUGUCAUUGACAUCCUGCCCUAGACCUCACCCCCCUCCUCCCACCUCCCUCCUCCGUGGAGGUUUGAUCUUCAACUGGCUCGGAUGACUGUGAAGUUGGUAGGGCCUCUUCAUGUUUUGGGUGACUGUUUAGCAUUAAACUUACCCCAGUCCUAGUGAAUCAUGUUGCCACUCCUUGGUUGUGUUCUUUAGUUAUGUGCUGACUCUGGUAAUAGGUGCUGUACAGGGUACGGGCUCAUUGCAUUAUUCUAAACUGUUAGAGUGAUCUCAUCGGCAAGGUUUUUGCGGGGUUCUCUUUGUAUUGACUGAAUCUCUGAAGACCAAGGCAUCACAUCAUGCUGAUCAUGUCACUUUUCUCCACUAGCUUCAGCGCUACCAAGAGACUGUUUGGAAUUGUCCUUACCUGUAUUGCUCACUCUUACAGCAUUGACCCUGAGAUGCAUGUUUUGUACUAUAUUGAAAAAUAUGUUUUAUUUUCCUUAAAGUUGUGAUAUUAUGUUUGGAAUUGUACAUACUUUAAGUGAUGUAGUUUUGACAGGUUUUAUUUGGUUGAUAUGAUUUUAUAUUAAAAGAGAAUGCUGCUUUCA